AAUAAAAAAUCUGGGUCUUUGACAAAUGGGUAACCCGAACCGAACCCACCAGCAUCAGGCAGAGGCAGUGUAACUUUAGGAAGAGAGAAACCCAGAGAGUAACAGAGACAGAAUUGAGAUGACGACGACGGAGACAAACCCCAGAAAGCUUAGGGGUCACAAGGCCACUGCCACCUGUUGCAUUGCCUCACGUAACCGCCCUGGCUUCGUCGCCACUUCUGCCGAGGAUGGUUGUAUUUGCUGGUUUGAUAUGCGAUGCAAAGAUGUACAGCUUGUAAUGGAAAUUGGGAAGGAACCCAUUUCUUCUUUAUGUUUCAAGUCAGGGAAUGAAGAUAUAAUUUAUGCCUCUUCGGGAAUGGAAGUCCAGUGUUUUGAUGUGCAUAUGGCCACCUCAUGGAAGCCACUACAGAGUUAUAGUUACAAUAAAGAGGAGAUAAAUCAGAUUUCAUGCAACUCUAAGUCAUCUUUUCUUGCUGCUGCAGACGAUGGUGGUGAUGUUAAGAUCAUUGACAUUCAUCAGCAUCACCUUUAUAAAACAUUAAGAGCGGGAGCGGGCCAUACAAGUAUCUGUAGCAGUGUGCAGUUCCUUCCUUGGAGACCCUGGGAAGUCAUUACUGGAGGUCUUGAUUCAAAGCUUAUUAUGUGGGACUUCUCUAAAGGUCGACCAUACAAAAUUAUGGAUUUUGGUUUGCCUGACAUGAACAGUGGUGGCAACACAGGGCAGUCUUUUAAUCCUGCUUUUGUUCACAUGCUAGCAGUUCCAGAAGUCGAUAUGUUAGACAAAGUAGACAAGAUAUGUGUUGUUGCAAGGGGUGAUGGCGUUGUUGAUGUGAUAAAUAUUGAAUCAGAACUUGCUGCUAUGAGGUCAAAAACUUCCACUAAACCCCGGAGAGGAUCUCAAUCAAGAUCAAAAGACAGUAGUCCAACUGCUGAUAUAGAGACUUCUAAUCAAAAUGGAAGAAAGAGGCUAUGUUUGGAUUACUCAUUGGGUGGCCAUACUGCUGCAGUGUCUUGUGUGGCAUUUUCGUUGUUCGGAGAGAUCGGAAAGUUUAUAAUAUCAGGUGGGAAUGAUAAGUCUGUGAAGGUCUGGGAUUGGUCCAAAUAUUAUGAUGCAAGGCAAUCCAAUGACAACAAUGAUCUACAUUUGAACAUCAGUCUCAGCAAAAAAGUCAAUUGGCUCUGUACAACUCCAACAGAAUCAGAAAACCUUGUUGUUUGUGACACAACUAAAGUAGUAAAGGUCUAUUCCGUAUCCUAGACUGAAGCUGCAUUUUGCUUGACUUUGGGGAUUGAUAUUCCCACUUUUUUUAGCACAACCCCGUAUGGUAUAAUGGAAGAUUGUUCGCUGGUUUGCUUAGACGUUGAAUUCACUCUGCAUAAUGCACUGUAAUUCCGCAAUCAUCAAGAGUGUUUGAGAUCCCAAGGGAGCUUGGCAGGUGUCAUACAUGUUGCAACCUCCCGUUGAGUAUCUAGUUAGUCUUAGUUGGGAGUAAUAGAUCUUUAGAAUGUAACAUCGGACUGGUAGUAGUACUACCUAGUUAUCUACUAUGUCAGCAUAUGAACGACACUUGUUAAGGUCUCCUUGGAGAAACUAUUUCUCAAGAGUUAGUUUAAAAGAUAGUCAUUUUUGUUACCAUGAUGAUGAGAUAUUUUGAUUUGUAUUCCCUGUAUACUUAUUCGGUCAGAUUUCAAAUUCUUCUAAUCUUAAGUACAUAAUGCAACAAAAGAUCAUAGCAAAUUUGCAGUUA